CGGAUAUUAAAUGUUUGUCCAUCUCUAUUUUUAGCAAGUAGCAUCCAAAAUUAUAAUUUAAAACUGAAUUUAUGCGCGGCAUUACUGGUGUUGGCAAAAAAUUACGCAGCUAAUGCAGCGCGCUUAAAACAACCGUGCGUACUUUUGCCAAUAUUUAGGUGAAAUCAAUUAAAUUAACACUGGAGGUCAACAUAUGUAACUAAUACAAAUGGACAUCCGUAAAACCAAUCUACAAGGGCUUUGGCCAUGUGCGUCUUGAUCUGACCGACCGUUGUUUGAUGAACGAACCCAACCUUCUGUCCAACUUUGGUGCCAUUGAAGUAUCUAGCAGGGACCGUAUUGAGCGUGGAACCCAAAUCGAGGCGAUCGUCAGGCUCUUCGACACCAACGAAAACCUCUUCCUCUUAGACAGAAGCAGCUUAAGUCCAUAUGGUCGGGCGAUGUUACGGCCCACAGACGGGACCAGCACGAUCGUAGUAAAGUACUAUUUAAACAAUCCGGUAAUCGGAAAGGCUGAAAUAGUGACCCACAACGCGGUGGACUUACACGUAGUUUCCCUUAAGGGGAUGGAGAUUCGCACUCUCUGAUCCGCAUUCGUUGCGGGGCCAUAAUGCCCGACA